UAACUCUUAAUCUUUUGCUGUUAGUGUCAGAUGUACCUGUUCAGAAGACAGUACACAACCUUCAGUGGCAGUGGAAGAAAUGUGGGUUUUUGUGUUGGUUUUUGCCGUUUUCAAAGAGUUGGGCAUUCAAGCCAUGUCAUUUAAUCCAGCCAAGAUGGAUGAUCGCAAGGGUUUGACCUUUCCGGAUUCGAGUGAAAUUGGGGGUGAUUUUUUGUACGAGACGGUGGUCCCCAACUGCCAAAAUCACACGUACUGUGAACACUUGGACCGCUACCCUAAAGAACUAUUUUCCAAAAUAUUAAAAAGCCGCGAAAAGGAGUUUUCUCGGUACUUUCAGAGUAUGGCAGUAAUAGAGCCCAUUAUGAGUAGGAACCAAGACACUUCCUGUAUUUGUGCAUCACGCAAAAGUAUUAUAUACUCAAAAGCGGCAUAUAAUAUAAAAAAUAAUCUGAAAUUUAUCUACAACUUCGAUGGAUACAAACAAGGAGUGUCCGUAGAGGUCUGCGUGAUAAAAAAUCAAAUGUGCAAAUUUUACGAGAAGGUUAGAAAGUUAAAAACAAGGUGUCGACAAAAGUUCGUCGAAAAAUUGUUACUGACGGCUGAUGAAAAUGGAAGACCGUACGCUGAUAGGUACAGAUUUCCAUCAGCUUGUGUCUGUUCGUACAAGAUAAUUAGCUCUAAUGUGUUUUUUACUUAAAGUUGGGGUAAGUUUCGUAAUUUAAAUUUUGUUUCACCUACUAACUCAUUUUUAGUAACUGCAGAGUAAUACAUUUACUUUGUGGAGAAGUGAACUGAGACGAUUUUAUCCCUGUAAUUAUCGCAGUAUUAGGUGGAAGAAAACGAUAGGUAUUAAUCACAAUUUAGUGAAUCCCAGCUAAUAAUUCUUGAAAAGUAAUUACGUGUGAUUUGUGUGAUUAUGACGAAUUGUAGGUACGUAAGUUAUUGUGGACUAAUGUGUGUUUUUAUAAUUAAAUUUUAGCAAUUUUAGUCCGGACGUUAGUCAAGUUUUUAUUUAUUGUUACAAGCUUUACCAGUGUCUGAAACUGUUUAAGCAUUUUAUGAAAUAUUAUGUUAGAACUAGCUUAAGCAUUAAAAAUGUACAAACAGACGAAAAGUAUUGUAGUAUUGUAAAUUUAUGUGUACUAUAAACUGUAAUUAAUAAAGCUGUUGAUGUUCGAAUGAACUUAUUUUAUGUGGGAAAAUGAAUAAAAUUUGUUGCAAACAGGAAAGCUAUUAAUAACUGAAACUUAAAUGAAUUUCCUUCAGUUUUGUUUGAGGAACGGUGUGGUCUGAUGUGCGUCCGUGAUGCUGAGUUAUUUGUAUUUGAAAUAAGAAGCCUCUAAUUUAAUAGUAAUAGGUGAGUUGGUUAAAUUCAACCAAAACGUAGUGUGGGCUCUUCUUGCACCUUUAUUGUAACAAAAAAAUUCCACAUAUCUCACUCUUAAUACUUUAAUUAAUUGCUGUUGUGGCACAAACCAAUUGUUAGAUAUAGUAUUUAAAUAAUGCUUGAGGAAAUAAGAAUUUUGUUAAAUUUUGUCCUGCAACGGUUUGUUAAAUCUUACAUUGUGCGUGCAGAAAUCUUCAAGUCGUAAAAACGAUCUUAUGUUGAUUUAAAGAGUUUAUAGCUGCAAAAUAUACAUUUCUUCGAUUUAUUGCUUGACUUGUUAUUUCUGGAGGAAAGUGACGGCAAAAGCAAAUAGCAUUGAUACAAACCAUUUUUUAUUUGUUAACAGAUUCAAGUUUGGUACAAGCUUGGGUGUAAAAUAAAUUUUUCUAUAAGUUUAGUAGUAAAUUAAUUAACUAGUGGCAUACUAAAACCAAAUAAAUACGGUUAUUUAUUAUGUAUUGCUUUUAUUUUAACAAAACCUAAAGCAAUUUCAGUUACAACUUUAAAUACUUUAUUCGCGGUAAAUAUUAUAUUAAAUCAACAGGUGUAAUAAAAUCGCUGAAUUUGAAUGAACCAUUGUUUUUGAUGUUGCUGUUGCAGACUGUUUAUUGAAUGUUACUUUGAAGUAAUUACAUAAAUUAGAUUCAUUGGGCAUUAAUUAUAUGAUAUUUGAAUGGACACUAAUUAAAUUCACUGAGUCAGUAUAGGGAGAAUAAAAACGUUUCUGAAAUAUUUGUCUGAAUGAAAUUAAAUCGAUUAAAUAUUUGCGUAUCAAUCAAGCCAGGGAUCGCGUUUAUUUUUAAGGAGUUUUAAAAAUUCUGAUGCAUCUUCUCUGUUAUGCUUUACACAGUUUCGUGGAUCUUCCUUGAAGGAGAUUGAUGUGGCCAGUGAAAUCCAUCUCUGCGUCACUUCUUAGCGCAAACCCUUUACAAUUUGUUGGAAGUUAAACUGAUCCUGCAAGCUACAGAUACCUCCCUUGAAUAACUUUAGGAAAAUGCGACUUUCUCUCAGAUUUUCUUUAAUUAGCAGAUUACAUAGUUUAUGAACGUGAUGUAAUCAUGGCCAGAAGUUCCAACAGUGGAGCCGUUCCAUCUAUAAUUAUGUAAAAUCGAUGCUUUGGGAUGAUUACCAACUCUAGGGUACCUUAAAUGGCAUUGUUAGAGCGAAAAAGCGGUUAAUUGCUUUUAAAUGAAACCGUAAAAGGAGGAAAAAUGUUCCUGGCCCUAAAGACAGGUUUAAACGCGGCAUAAAACUUGAAUGAACGUUACUUAAAUAUUUACCAAAUGCAUUCUAAUUUCAUUUGAAUUUUUAAAUAUUUACUCCGAAUUUCAAAACUAUAUUUUUCUUGUGGCGAUAGGUAAGUUAUCCAGAUGCUCGUUAUAAACAAAAUCUGUGUCAUAUUCGUUUUAUAGCCAUCCUACUAACAUUCAUUGUUAAAAUAUUGUUUCAGUUUGAAUAGGUACAGCUGUAAUUGUAGUCGAGUUUUGGUAAACAAAAUGAGCAAAGUAAACACGCAGUUUUUAUUUAAAAAAUGCUGUAAAAAUAAAAUCGCAAUUUAUUCCUGGAUUAAGUGCUCAGUAUUUUUAGAUACUCCGAUAAUAAUAUAACUAAAUCAACUUUCUAAGUAGAUAACGAAUGGGGGGACAACACAACACAACCUUGACCUUGAGUUUGACCCCGCCCAUUUUCCCUCUCUUUCUUUCAAGGUCACUCGUUCUCUCUCUUUCUUACUUUUUCAAGGCCAACCCCUCCACUUCCCCCCACCACUUCAAGGCCAAGGCAUUAUUGGACCUUGAUGUUUUCAAGGUCAAGGCCAUUCAUGUUACUCCCCACUUUUGCAAGGCCAACAACUCCUCACUCAUUCAAGAUGAAUCGCGCAAUUGUCCUUACUCAUUUUCCACCCCAAACUGUAUAAAAGUUAAUGUGUUGUGUUGUGUAACACAGUUCUUGUGUAUAUCUACAAUAACAAGCAAUUCUUAAAAAAUGGAACCCAUCAGAAAAAGUUCUAUUUUUAAUACUCCUGAGGAUAUCAUAGUUUGUCCAUACGACAAAAACCACAUUCUUCUUUGGUUUCGGCUCGAAAGGCACAUUUGGAAGUGCCAUCGGGCCGAUAAAGAAAAGCAAAGGGCCUCAAGUAAAGUGAUGGUGCAAGAAGAAGAGGAGAACUGGGAUCAUUUUAAUGAGCCCAGCUACCUCGACUUCCUGAGGAGUAAAAAGAAUCAUAAUGCCUUAAAUUAAAGAAGGCCGGGGUUCUUUCGUAGAGAAUAGUGUAGUUUAGCUAAGUAGUAGUCGUAGUAAAAUAUAAAUAUUAUAUUAU